UUGGGAAGCUGCAUUUAACCCCACUAUCUCGUGCGACUUCCCUUUCCACCAAACACGACAUUUUCCACGUUCUUGUACAAUCUUCCAAUUUAAACUGAUGUUUUCACGACUGUCACAAUUAGUCAGACAUUUUUCUCAUCCUCUUCCAAACUACGCCCAUAAUUCUGCAGCUGCCUUUGCCAGCUCUGCGAGUCGAAUCAUGACAUCAUCUACUACAGCAGAUGAGAGAAAUACGAGGACCAUACAUACGGCAGCAUGUCUGAUUAUUGGAGAUGAGGUUUUAGGUGGGAAGACGGUGGAUACCAACUCUGCAUAUAUGGCCAAGUUCUGCUUCAAGUUGGGAAUGGCUUUGAAGCGCAUCGAGGUGAUUGCAGACGACGAGGAAGAAAUUAUCGAAGCUGUAAAGAGAAUGAGCAACAACUACGAUUUUGUAGUAACGAGUGGUGGUAUUGGACCAACUCACGAUGACAUUACCUACCAAUCGAUAGCCAAAGCAUUUGGCCUGAAGCUCAAGCUUCACCAAGAGGCCUAUGAAAAGAUGAAGAAACUGUCAAAGCCACAUCCAAAUCAGCCAAACUUCAGUUGGGAUGUCGAUUCACCAGCAAAGAGAGCAAAACUCCGAAUGAUCGAGCUCCCAACAGACGACUCUCGAGAUAUCAAGCAACAAAUCCUGUUUCCGGUCGAUGAUUUAUGGGUCCCAGUUGCAUGUGUCAAUGGCAACGUUCAUAUCCUGCCUGGUGUUCCGAGGUUAUUUGAGAAGCUUUUGGAGGGUAUGAAGCCAUUGCUAUUGCCACGCUUGACAGAUCCAGAUGGCACGGGCAUACAUCGAAUCAUUAUCUCUACUCCACUGCCUGAGAGUGCUGUCGCCCCAUACUUGACGGAAUUGGCAGGCAGAGUUGAGCCCAAAGGAGUUAAAGUCGGCAGUUAUCCAAGGUGGGGAAAGCAAAACAACACUGUGACCCUUGUGGGACGGGAUCAAAAACUCCUGGAAAGUCUUGUUGCAGAAGUUGAGAAGAACGUAGAGGGACGUCGUGUGAAGGUAGAGGGGGAAGAUGAUGUGGAUGUUGAAGCCAAGGAUUCUUAACCUCUCCUUGGUCCUCAAGGUGUGAUAUUCUUUUUUGUCGUGGUUUCCGUUCAACAGCAUUGCUAGGUGCAUCAAGGGUGUAUUAUGGCAUCGGUCCACCAGCAC